GCACCAUGAGCGGCCGAGUCGGAGGCCUGAGCCCCAAACAGGCAGAGACCCUGGCCAAGUUUGGAGAAAAUGUCCAGGAUGUGCUUCCCGCCCUGCCCAACCCGGAUGAUGAUUUCCUUCUACACUGGCUCCGAGCUCGGAAUUUUGACUUGCAGAAGUCGGAGGCUAUGCUCCGCAAGUACAUGGAAUUCCGGAAGACCAUGGAUAUUGAUCAUAUCCUUGAUUGGCAGCCCCCAGAGGUGAGCCAACACCGCCAAACACCUCAGUCUUUCAUGGACAUACCGCUUAAGAUCACUGGGGACCAUGAAUGA